GUAAAGUAUUUGCAUUAAUUAGGUUUAUUGUAAUUGACUUGUCAAAUUGACAUUUUUAUUUUUUAUUUUUUUUCAAAAUGCCAUAGUUUAAACAUUUUUUUUCUUUUCCCUGUUCUUUUUUUUAAUUAAAAAAAAACAAACGCCGACCUUUCCAAACGAAAUUGUGCUCGAAGUGUUGUUUUGAAGCUUCAGCAAAAUGUCGACAAUAAAAGUGAGAGAAGUAAAUGUUGUGCCAAUAUCAAAAAUAAAGAUCGAGAUAGUGGACGAUGAAGAUAGCGAAGACACUGUGCUAUGCAAGAUAUGCUCCAAGGCUUUUGUGUCGGAGAUAGCUGUGAGGAACCACGCCCGUAUGGAGCAUAUCACAGAAUUCAUGAAUGGAGAUGACCUCUUUGUCAAACCUUUCAAGGGCAAUAAACGCAAAAUGACAGAAGACCAGCAACAGGAAAUACAAGCGAAGACAUCAAAGAUGAUGCAGUCUAUGAAGCCGGAGGACAUCACCAGCCUGGCAUCUGAAGACACCAGCUACAUCAUCAUCAAGGAUGGAACGUCCCACCCUUUCACUGUCAAGAGGGUUAAGAAGGAGAAACCUAAGGAAAAACCGUUGGAGAAGAAAGUGAGAAAAGAAAAAGAAGUUAAACCUAUAAGUGGCCCCUUCGAGUGUCUCCAGCCUUCGAAUAACAACUCCGAAGUGCAGUGCCACCAGAUGUUCCUAUCGUGCUGCGAAUACUCCGCGCACUUCAGAGACGAGCACACGCGCAGGCGUAAAGGCAAUCGCUGCCAGGUCUGCGAGAAGCCCAUCUCUGGCAACGAGUCGAUGAGCCCGUACAGCUGCCAGAUAUGCUGCAUGGGCUUCGAGAACAACAGAGAGCUAAACGAGCAUACACAGACCGCGCAUGAGAAGCUCAAGCCGUUCCAGUGCAGCGUCUGCCAGAAGCGCUUCACUCAGCAGGGGGGGCUGCUGCAGCACACGCGCAUGCACACCGGGGACCGGCCCUUCGCGUGCACCUUCUGCCCCAAGGCGUUCACGCAGAAGUCCGGCCUGGACCAACACUUGAGGAUACACACCAAGGUAAAACCCUACAGAUGCGUGAUAUGCGGCAAAUCGUUCUGUCAGUCGGUACAUUUGCAACAGCAUAUGCGGACCCACACAAAUGUCGCACCAUUCCAAUGUGGUAUAUGCCAAAAACGGUUCAAACAGAGCAGCCAUCUGAACUACCAUUUAAAAUACCACAACAUGAUCAAAAUGACGGACGAACAAAAGGCAAAAUACGCUCAGCUGAUGACGCAAAUGGUGAAGCAGGAGUUCUUCGAAAUUGAAAUCGACCAAUCGGAAGCCUCCAAUCAGGAGAUCGUCCAAUCGGAAAUGGUUGUCACCUCUGACCAAUCAGAGGUGCAGGAAGUCGAACAAUCAGAGAUGCAGACGGAAGACUGCAAUGAGGAGCAGGAAAAUCAGACUUAUUAUAUUCUGAAUGAUGGAGAGUUUUUGGAGGAAAGUGUUGAGUGUGAAUAGUGAUUUUUUGUGAGACUACCCUCAUAGCAGAUUUUCUAAAAUAUUACUCUGAAGUGCGCGCAAGAUAAAUCUGCGCGCGACUGGCGACGCAAUAGGCUAGUUGAUAUUUUUUACAUGAAAAUUUUAAUUUUUUUAUGUUUUUGACAGUAUGAGCCAAAACGUCGUCGGCCAUGACAGUCUAUAUUUCUACUGUUUCAUGACGUCACUAUAACAAAUCGCUUACAAACGGAGCUUUUGACAAAAAUAUUAGCUAACAAUUUAUUUGACGUUUAGUACAUCAAGUUAUAUUGUGACGUCACAAAAUGGACGACAGCGUUUUUGAUGCUUUUUUGAAAAUUUGUAAAAAAUACAUGAUUUUUAAAUUCAGUUUUGUAUGAAAUCCUUAAUUUUUAUUAAAUUAAUAUCGGUAUAUAUGUAAUAUACGAAAUUAAUAUUGUUUAUAUUAAAUUUGAUAUGAGUCAGCUACCAUAAUAAGUUGCCAGUGGCAGUGGUCUCUUUUACCCGCCAAGAUAUAGAUAGAGAUAGACGACAAGAUGACGUCAUCAUGGCAUGAUUUUGGCCACGCGCAAACUUAUCGUGCGCGCACUAGAACUGUAUGAAUUGUGAUUUUGUAAAUACCCUCAUUUGAGAAAUUUUGUUGAACUAAGUUAUUAUUAUUGAGGACGUGAUAGCCCAGUGGAUAUAACCUCUGCCUUCAAUUCGGAGAGUGUAGGUUCGAAUCCGGUCCGUAGAAAAAGAAAAUUGAAAUGUUACAAUUUAGGGACCGAAUAUUGCAUUUUUUAAGUCGUCUAAUAUGUCAAAUUAAAUCUUAUUUUAUGCUUAAUGUAACUGUAUUAGGUUGCCUUUGAUCUAGUAAAUUCCUAGAUUUUGUAUAAAAAAUGUGUUUUCCCAUCGAUCUUCUAUUAAGAAGUGGAUGCACAAUCAGCGACCAAAAAACAUCCCCACUCAAUGAGUGCCAAACACAACUUCUUGGCACUCAAUUCAAGUAGUCGCAUUUGCAAAUUCAACCUUAAACUCAAUCAUUAAGGUUGAAUUUGCUCUGAAUUUGGGAAUUUAUCGAAUAUUGGACUAUAUUUAAAGGCCUUUAGAUAUAAUUUUCUUUACCAAUAAUUCUAAAACUGUCAAAGCAAAAUUGGCCAGUUUUUUCAAGUGAAAUUUUCUACAUGAUUGUGCGUCCUUUUAUUAUAAGAGGUCAAUCGGUUGGUCGCAAUUUAACUAGGCAACCUAUUUGCAAUGUAAACAUUAUCUAUCAUUUAUUUCUUAUCUAUACUAAUAUUAUAAAGCUGAAGAGUUUGUUUGUUUGAUUGAACGCGCUAAUCUCUGGAACAACUGGUCCGAUUUGAAAAAUUCUUUCAGUGUUAGAUAGCCCAUUUAUCGAGAAAGGCUAUAGGCUAUAUAUUAUCCCUGUAUUCCUACGGGAACGGGAACCACGCGGGUGAAACCGCGCGGCGUCAGCUAGUCACAUAUAUUUCUAAUGUCGGCUCUUAGACUAUUAGUUUUAUCGUUAAUAUGUUAUGUGAGAGAGUGACAAUGCUCUACGUAAAAUGCAUACUGUCUCUUUCUACAGCACAGAUACUCCAAAUAUUGUAUAGAAUAAAUUUAUUUAGAAUAAAUUUAUUUAAAAUUUUAUAUUUUAAUUGUAUUUUAUAGAUAUUCAUAUAAUCAAUUUAAUGUUGGCUUCCUUUUAUUGUACAUAUUGUAGUGCCUAGCUACUAAAUAAAAUAUGAAUUACUGCAA